AGCUUUCGAGCAAGGCAGAAGAAAACACACAUGGAGACUCGCUUGCUGUAUCUUCUUCUUAGUAUUCUCGUAUCCGCCAUUGUUAUCACACUGAAAGCUCUCAAGAAGACAAUACACAAGUACCCACCAAGCCCAACUCGUCUCCCGAUCUUGGGUCACCUUCAUCUACUCAAGAACCCUCUCCACGAAUCAUUACAGAGCAUAUCUUCCGAGUUCGGUCCUGUUCUCUAUCUCAAGUUCGGGUCUCGUCCCUUUGUCGUCGUGUCCUCUGCUUCGACCGUCGAAGAAUGUUUCACCAAAAACGACAUCGCUUUCGCCAACCGGCCCAGGACUUUAUCCGGGGACCGCCUCAGCUACGGAUACUUAGCCAUGGGUUUCGCUCCGUACGGCGAGACCUGGAGGAUUCUCCGGCGACUUGCGGUGGUUGAGGUCCUUUCCUCGAACAGUAUCCAAAAGUUUUCGACUUUACGCGCGGAGGAAGUAACCCAUCUCUGUCGCAGAAUCUUCCAUCUUUCCAAGAAGGGUUUAGAGAAAAUCGAUCUGAAGUACUGUUUUUCGCUUCUGACAGCGAAUCUUUUGAUGAAAAUGGUCGCGGGGAGGAGAGUUUUCGAGGGAGAUAUCGAGAGGGAGAAGCAGUUUUUGUCGGAGUUUAAGGAUAUGUUCUAUCCGACCAUGACGAUGAAUCUCUGUGAUUUCUUCCCCUUCCUUAGAUGGGUUGGAUACAAAGGAAUAGAGAAGAAUAUGGAGCGUGUUUUCAGAAUGAGAGAUCGUUAUUUACAGAAACUGAUCGAAGGAGUCCAGGGAGAAAGAAGCAACGGGGUUUCGAAAGAUAAAUCAUCGAAUCCGACACUGAUCGAAACCCUUUUGUCGUUUCAAGAUUCGGAUCCGGAGUUCUUCUCAGACAAUAUCGUAAAGAGCAUCGUUUUGGUAAUGUUCACAGCAGGAGCAGACACGGUGGCUGUAACAUUAGAAUGGGUCAUGUCUCUGCUUCUGAGCAAUCCAGAAGCAUUACUUAAGCUUAGAGAAGAGAUCGAUGAAAACGUCGGUCCAAAUCGUUUGGUGACCGACGCAGACUUGGCUAAGCUUCCUUACCUUCGAUGCGUCAUCAAUGAAACUCUCAGGCUAUACCCUCCGACGCCAUUGUUACUGCCCCACUCGUCUAGUGAAAGCUGCCAUAUCGGUGGCUACACUGUACCAAAAGGCACGACACUGAUCGUGAACUCGUGGGCAAUGCAUCGAGAUCCCGAUGUUUGGGAAGAUCCAGAACGUUUCAGCCCGGAGAGAUUCCAAGGCGUGGUUGGAGAACGCGACGGAUUCAGGUUUAUACCGUUUGGAACCGGGAGAAGAGCGUGUCCGGGGGCGAACAUGGCGAUCCGGUUGGCGUCCUUGGCGAUAGGGAUGUUGGUUCAGUGUUUCGACUGGGAGAAGGCCGAGCCAGAGAUCGACAUGAAAGGUGUUGCGGGACUGACUCUGUCCAGAGCCAGGCCAUUGGAGGCGAGGUUUCUUCCUCGCCAAGGUAUUGAUAAGCUGCUUGUCACUUCAGUUGAAGGAACAGAUGCUUGGUUCCUGGCCGCUGAUCUCCAACGUCGAAGUCAUCGCGAGUGAUAUUAGGACACGUGGAUACGAUCGGACGGCUAAAAUGGCAUGACAAUGCAGGAACGUGAAUUUAAAGGAUCGGCAUUUGGGAUUAGAUAGAUCUUGAAACAUAACUCGACGAGUUCUGUUUGUGUCUUAAUCCCGGAGGUUGCAAAAGCCAAAUUGUGUUUUGUAUUUUUUGGUAAUGAGGUCAUUUACAUUGUAAUUGAACUUGUUGUUUGUGUGUUUUUGGAUCCAUUUUCUGAUCAGAAUUUUAGGUUUAUA